AUGAAUCACUCGAGGAAAAAAAUUCGAAAACGCGAAGUCACUGUCGAAACAAUAAAGAUUAUCAGGAAUUAUUCGGAAGCUAGCACUGCUGAUUAUUACUCAUAUGAUGAUCAAUUGUAUGACUACCACUCUGGUGGUAAUAGAACAAAAAACGAGAAGCUAAAUGAAGAAAUGUUGUGCUCACGUUAUGUUAAAAGUUUUCUGGAAUGGAUGAAUAAUAAUAAAAAUCUAUGGAGCGAAUUUCUUGCGAAAAGAGACAUGCCGGUAUAUCCUAACUACGGAGAAAUAAUGACUGGUGGGUGCCAGGGAUUUGCUCGGAAGACGAUGGUCUGGCCGGAAGAUUUAAUCAUUGGCGGUAUAAAAAGACAAAAUAAUAAGUUGCUGAGUGCAGAAGCUUUCCAGAGCGUCUUUCUUGUUGCAUCCGGCAAUGACAUAUUUUUGCGCUAUAAGGAUGAAAAGUCAAAAUUAAAGCCAAAUUUGAAUGCUGAAACCUGGAAUCCGUAUUUUGCAGCGCAGGUUGUUUCUGCCUGGCAACGAAACUUCACGGAAUAUAUCUAUCAACAUCGCUGGAACACAAAAGUCAAUCGACAGAUUCAUCCACUUUCAUCUACGUCAUUAGAAGAUAUGUUGAAGGAAUUCAGUCAAUUCAAAUUUUUGGUUAUAUUCUUAGGAUACUUUUUUAUGUUUAUUUAUGCCGGCUGGUCUCAGCUUCAUUGGGAUGGUUGGUGGUUUGCAGUGGAUUCCUCAGUCGGACUUGGUAUUUUCGGAGUUUUUCUGAUUGUACCUUUCUUGACGUUAGGAUUGGGUGUUGAUGAUAUGUUUCUUUUGUUGCACAAUUACAAUGAUGUGCGUCAAACUGUUAAACAUAAUGAAAUAGGUGUUCUGAUGAAAGAAACAGGUAUGAGUAUUGUGAUCACAUCAAUAAACAAUGUCAUCUCCUUUAUGGCUGGUACACUUCUUCCGAUUCCGGCCUUGAAGUCAUUUUGUUCUCAAACAGCAAUUUUAUUGGCAUUCAAUAUGCUCGCUAUAAUGGUUAUUUAUCCUGCAAUAAUUGCGAUUGACUUGCGACGUCGCAAAGCUGGUCGCAGAGAUAUGGGAUGCUGCUGUAUUAGAAGAUCGUCUUUAUCCAAAAAGGUUGGAGUUGAAUCGUUGGAGCUAAAAAUGGGGAAGCAAGUUGCGGAAGGUCUUACCAUUUCAGGUCAUAUUUAUCCAGGUCCACCGCACACACCGACAUUGAAUAAUGAGGAUGAAAACUAUAAAUGGUAUACAUUCAAUGGUUUUUUGCAGUGUUACUACGUUCCCUUCCUUUCAAGGCCACUUACCAAGUUGAUGGUAAUUGUUAUUUGGGCAUCAAUGUUUUUAUUUGGUUGUGUCGGUCUGUAUCAGAGCACUCUUGGUCUAGAGCUAUCAGAUGUCUUACCAGAAGGAACAGCUCCAGCUGCAUUCCUCAAAGCUAGGGAACAAUAUUUCAGUUUUUAUCCCAUGUUUAUCAUCCUAAAAGGCAAUGGAAUCAAUUUUGCAAAACAGCAAGAGCAAAUUGAACAAUUUCGCCUUGACAUAGCAAAAUCAAGCUAUGUAAUCAAAGUGAAGGGUCAUGCAAGUGAGGAAUACUGGUUGUCAUUGAUGCGCACUUGGCUGACUUCUAUUCAGAAGCAUUUAGAUGAUGCUAUCAAGAAGGGUAAAAUAAACGCAGUUACUGGUGAAAUCGUGCCUAAUGCUAAACUUACUGAUGAAGCUAAAAUCGCACGACGUCUUGUUUGUUCAUAUGGAAAAAAUUAUAAUUGCACGGGAAGAGUCGGCAAAAUAAAGCUGGUAGAUAAUACUGGUUUGAUCAAUCAUGAUGGCUUUUAUAACUAUCUAACGGGAUGGUAUAAUGUUGACAACAUGAUGUAUUAUGUGUCGCAAGCUGCAUUUUAUCCAACACCUCCAUCGUGGAUGCUUGAUUCGCAAGAAAAAGCUGUACCUCCGGCUGAACCGCCAGCCUACAGUCAAAUGAUGUUUUAUUUAACUGAUUUGAUUGAUACUCCUGUGAUUGUAAAAAUGAUACGAGAAAUCCGAAGCAUCUGUGAAAGGUACACUGAAAUGGGCUUACCUAAUUUUCCUAGUGGUAUCGCGUUUACUUUUUGGGAGCAGUAUCUUAAUCUAAGUUGGAACUUAUUCGUUGCUAUUUGUGUGAUUGCAUGUGCUGUUUUCAUUACCAUAUCAAUGUUAAUUUGCAAUCCAUGGGCAGCGGUGAUGGUGAUGAUUAUAGUUGUCUCGAUGACUAUUGAAUUAGCCGGUUUUAUGAGUGCAACAGGGGUCAAGUUAAACCCCGUUAGUGCGGUAAUUUUGGUAACCGCUGUAGGAAUCGGUGUUGAGUUCACUGCGCACGUCGUGUUAGCCUAUUUAACAUCGCUGGGGAACAAAAAUGAACGGAUGGCAACUUGUUUAAAUCAUAUGUUUAUUCCCGUAAUGCAUGGCGGACUAUCUACUCUCUUAGGUAUAAUAAUGUUAGCAUUUUCUGAAUUUGAGUUCAUAGUAAAAUAUUUCUUUGUUGUACUGUCGGCGCUCAUUAUUAUUGGUCUUCUUAAUGGUCUUGUACUUUUGCCGAUUCAUCCCUUAGAUGAAAAGGUUUAUCUACCAGUACCAUCCCCUCUUUGUAAACAAGAAAAGCAUGGGCAUUCAAGUAGCAGAAAUAGCGACAUUUCAAUGAAGGUACGAGUUGGUGGUGCAUUUGUUGAAAUGCAGGUCAAUGGUGGUAAAAAAACAGCUGCUGAAAGUCAUGGUUUUCGUCCUGAUUCAUUAUCUUCAAUCAGCGAAGAGCCAUUUGACGUGUUUUUGCAGAAUAAUCGUCUUUACACAACAUCCUCAGACCUUAAAAGGACCUCUGCGAUAAUACCAUCUGUUUCCAGUUCUUCAUUAUCUGAAAAAUGCUCGAAAGGGAAUAGUGAACUUAGGUCAACACAUAUUCCUGUUGGUGUAAUUGCACCAAAACGGUCAACUUCACCACUUCUCUCUGGUGAAUUCGUGGCUAAAGAUAAUAAAUCAGAAAGGUGUAAUCUUCAAAGUAAUAACAAAUCAUUUAAAUUUGCUUCGAAUGCACUCAGAUUUUAG